CAUCAACAAAAAAAAAGAAGGAAGAUUAGGUCCAUGAUAAUUGUGUCUCUCCCAUCAUUUAGGCAACAAACACACAUACACACAUACACAUACACACUUGUCUUACAAUAUAUUCGCAAUUAGGCAGCUGAGAAUCAAACAAGUGUAAAAGGUACAACCUUUGUUCUCUCACUUUGCUUGAAUAUGUCUGAACAACGAUUUUGGACCGGAAAUGAUGGAAAAUAUAAAGUGCAAGCCUCCUAUGUAUGUUUGUUUCAAGAUAAAAAAGUCAAGCUGAAAAAACCCAACGGUUCCUUUAUUGCACUUCCACUUAGUUUGUUAUGCCCUGAGGACAUUGCCUUCAUCGCAACACAAUCGCCACUGCCCACUCGAGAUUCCACACAAAGACCCGGUAUUCUACCAAUACAGAAUAAUAUAUAUAGCGAGCCUUUUGAAUCCUCAACCAUUUCUACUGAUACUCGAGAAACAAUACUACAACAAGAAAGACCUAUGAUGCGCCAAAUCGCGUCUCUACAAAGUGUAAGACAUAUCAGCAAAGACGAAUCCUCUCAAAUGAUCCCAAAACAGUCUCUGUCUUCUAUGGCGGACCAAUUCAAGCACCAGACAUAUCUGUCUACACCAACACUUACUCUUCAACGUUUAGCUCAAUUACCAAAUAGAGCUAUCAUAUUGGUUGGAUCUUACUUGGAUGUUCGUUCUCGGUUUCGAUUUGCUACUGUUGCUCGUCAAUUUUAUCCAAUUUUACACAAAGCUGAAGUCUGGGAAACAGUAUUUUUCUAUGCAUCAGAUCAUUACAUGAUUGAUGACAAAUUUUUGCAAGGGCUCAUUGACUUUUUAGAACGCUGUCAGUUGCAGAAUGUAGUCAAACAUAUCAAUCUUGACAGAACAGCCAUCACAUCCUCCAGUUUUAUUUUACUCAUCAAACACUUUCAAUAUCUCGAGACAAUAUCCAUACAGUCUUGUUGGAGCUUAAUGACUUUUCCAUUAGCAGUUCAGUUAAUAGAAUUGGCCAAACAGCCUCGUUCCAUCGCAUUGUCUCGAGUCACGGUAGGUAAAGUACUUCAUCGAGGACAGACACAUCAACAGCUGGAUAGUAAAUCCUUUGGACAAGACAUCUGGUAUAUUCAUACUGCGUUAAAUAAACUAGCGAAUAGGAAUGUCCUAUUUGAUGUUGUUCUAUGUGGUACUUGUCAUCUUGGUGCUGCUUCUCAAACCUUUCGAUGUGCUUCUUGUGGUGUUUUGCCUCUAGAGAAAUGCAUUGCUUGUGCUCCUCGAUGCGAUAGAUGCGGAAACCGAUCUUGUGGAUUGUCCGUUUGCAUUAACCCUAAACUCAAAAUACAAAUCGCUCGCUGUGGUCGUUGCGAACAAACAUUGGCAUUAUGUAAUGAUGAGCGUAGUAAAGCUUGCCAAGAAGCACGGAAGCCAUGUAGUCAUUGUCAUCGUCUUUACCACACACAAUGUCGUACAAUAGAUGGAUUUUAUAUAUCGAAUCAAUGUACUACCUGUGGUACAGUAGUCUGUCCCCACUGUGAGCUUAAAGGCUGCCAAGGCAGCUGCCAUGGUCAAUGGUGUCAAAAAUGUCUACUAAAUGCCCAUCUUCAUCACUGCAAAUGUAUUGUUCUUCAAGGCAGAUCAUCAAGCAAAAGCCUGACAAAGAAAGAUGUUUGCAACAAGUGUCAAAAGACAUGUAGCCAAUGUGGUAUUAGCCAUUUCUGUAGUCGGUGUUUACAGUUACAUUUAGAAAAAUGUCGUUAAUAAACGAACAAUAAGCAUCUUAUUUUUAUACACG